CUCAACUGAACUGUCUCAUCCAACUUUUCAUAACCACAGUUCCUGAGGACCCAAGAUUGCUUAGGGUUAUAAAGUUUCUCUGCUCCUCCUUCAGUUCCUGACUAAUUUCAUAUUAUUUGUUGUUGAACAUUACUUCAACUCACUGUCAACACAAUGCAUACCUCUGCCGUCCUUUCCUUGGCUCUCGCCCUCACCUCCAACGCAUUUCCUCUGAGUCAUCCUACCUUCAACACCACAGUUCAGCGCCGAAGCGCUGACUACGAUGUGGUCAACGUUGGUGGUCUUCCGGACACUCCUCAACCUGCCCCCUCGGCUUCAACCAUCACCCAAACCGUGACUGCGCCGGGUGCUCCUCCACAAACAGUGACAGUGACGAUAUCCCAAACACCAACAACUCCGUCGCCUUCGUCGUCGGCGAUAUGGGGCGCUGGGACUGGCGUUCCGUACAGCAGCUCGGCUAUCCUCCCGGCUGUGACUCCAGUCCCGGGAGAAGAAGUUCAAGACGAAGAAGAAACCGCCACGGGAGCAAUUGACAGACUUGCGCGCGCCUUUGGAAGGUCUAUGAACUCUCAUCUACGGGCUCGUACCAGCAACGAGACUGCGGCUUAUCCUCGUUUCGAUGCUCGUGGUCUCAAUGAGACUGGGAGUGUUCACGUCUCUCGUGGUCUGCUCAACUCCACUGAACUUGUUACCUCGAGUCGCAAGGCUAGGAGUCUGAACAGCACUGCUCUGAGGGGCUGAGAUGACAUCAGGAGACUCAUUGGGUGUUUUGCUCGGUUUCUUCUGUGUCGUUUUUACUACAACUUUGGCUGCUACCUUUUAUGACAUAACGGGUUCAAGAUCAACUUUUCAAUGGCUUGAACGAUGAUGACGAGACUGGGAUAAUGAUGUAACUGACCAGAAGAUGGGUGCCGGCGUUUUCGAGAUUUGAUGGCCCCUCAUGCAUCGGUUGAUUAUUUGUUUUUAUAAGUAUAGAUAUAGAUUGGAAAUAGAUUGGUCGUACUUUC